UCCAGUGAACCCUGGCCUCCGUUUUCACGGCGGUUUUCGCCAUGCGGCUCCGCGGCUCGCUCCCCGCGUAUAAAUAAAUACGCGCGCCGCCGCUCCCGAGACAACCCGUCCGACGCGCCGCGCCCGCGCACGCUUCGAAAAAAACUCUAAACGAAAAAAACUUCACCAUGAAGGCCGUCAUGAACGAGGCGGAGCUGUACCACAAGAGCAACAGCUUGCAGCGGCGGGACGCGCUCAAUUGUUUAGACGAGUACGCGGAUAGGAUCAAGUGGAGAAGUGAAGGGGACAGAGUGAUCGACAUCGGGUGCGGCGACGGCAGCGUGACUGCAGAGGUGGUGCGCGCGCGCAUGGGCCGCGGGCGCCUGGUGGGCUGCGACCUCAGCGAGCAGAUGGUGAAGUAUGCCGCCCAGCACCACCGCGACGCGAGGACCUCCUUCUGUGUGCUGGACAUCGAGGGGGACCUGCCCGAGGAACACCGGGGGGUGUACCACCACGCCUUCUCCUUCUACACGCUGCACUGGAUACAUCAGCAGGAGAAAGCCUUCACCAACAUUUUUGACCUCCUGGCUCCGGGCGGCGACUGCCUGCUCAUCUUCCUCGGCCACAUGCCCAUGUUCGACGUGUACCGCGUGCUCUCCACCAGCCCCAAGUGGAGCCGCUGGCUGGCCGAUGUGGAGAAGUACAUCUCGCCGUAUCAUGACUCCCUGGAACCUGAAAAGGACAUAGCGCAUAUGAUGAAGAGAAUAGGUUUCAGAGAAGUGGAAGUGCAAUACAAGGACUCUACCUUUAUUUACGACAAACUAGAAAUUUUAAGAAAAGCAGUGAUGGCCGUGAACCCGUUCUCGAUCCCCAAGGACCUUCAGGACUCGUUCAUGGACGACUACCUGGACGUGGUCCGUGACCUACGGCUCAUGGACGAGGCCAACAACAACGUGGACUCCGUCUCCAUCCGGACCCACUACAGCCUCAUCGUGGCCUACGGGACCAAGUGACCGUCUCCAUCCGGACCCACUACAGCUUUGUGGCCUUUGGGACCAAGUGAUGAACUUAAUCUUAAUGAGCGUAAAUAAAGAAGGAGAUUUGCACAGGGUCUUAAUAAUUACAGUUGUCCUAAAAGUUAACUAAGGUUAUAUUGCGAUAUUCUGGUCACUCCUGAGCUGGCCUAUCAGCCCUCCAAGGCAUGAGGUUAACUUUUGGGACAAAAACUGAAAUUGUUAAAUUGUAUUAGUUAAGUAAGUAAGUACGUACAUGAAUAUUAUAGAU